CCUAUUAAGCGGCCCCAAAGAUAAUACAGUUCCACGGCAAGGCACUCGGCUGAUGUUGGUAGAAAAUGGACACAUGAUUUCAGGUUGUCGGUUUUCAAAAGAUUUGUCAGCCGCUGCUGUCGAAACUAAUAUAAUGAUGGCCUUUGAUGGAAAAAUUCCGCAUGGUACAGAUAUAGAACUGUUAACAUCGGUACAUUCCACUCUGGUUGCGCCAACAUUAGCCCCUGGUCAGACAUUGGAUGGUGUUAUCCUCCACAGAUUAUACGCACAAAAGCCAGUGUAUGUACGACCUAGUGUUCAGCUGCUUAACAUGGGAAAUGCAACAAAGGAACCAGGCAGCAAUUCUAGUGAAGGUAAAAUACAUAGAUUGGGUAAAAGCAAGGGAUCUUUCCACAUUUGUCAUAAGAGAGGAUCAAGUGAUUGUACACUAAAAUAAUGUAAAAAGUAUUUUUUUAAAUUCAAACAAACUUUUUUUACAAUUGUUUUUGUGACAGUAAU